AUGGACCGCGCCGAGCGCGCAGCCGCUUUUGGCCUCACUGCCUCGAAUCCACAUGAACCAACACCAGCAGUUAGUUCCUUAGUGUCACUCUCAGGCUUACUGACUGAAAGCUGUGAUUCGUCUCAGAAGCUGGCACCUCAGAAGGCCGCAGGGGCAGUGGACGGUAUCUUCGAGUCCCUCAGGGAGAUUGCGAGAGCUCGAGUGCACAUGAAACAGUUUAACUCCAUCCAUAACCCAGGCAGCAACACCCACCAGGCUUCUUACAAACCUCUGCUGAAACAGGUAGUGGAAGAGAUCUGUAAUUCUGAUCGACCUGAUCCUGUUGAUAUUGAGCAUGUGUCGUCAGGCCUCACUGAUCUCCUUAAAACUGGAUUCAGCAUGUUCAUGAAGGUGAAUCGCCCUCACCCUGGUGAUCAUCCUCUUCUGAUUAUCUACAUGAUUGGUGGAGUCACAGUCUCUGAAGUCAAAAUGGUGAAGGACCUGGUAGCAGCACGCAAACCUGGUACCCAGGUGCUCGUGCUGUCCCCAGCACUCCUGACACCACUGGGUGUUAUCGAGAUGUUGUUUGCCUCGAAGCAUCUCCAGUCUGAUACUGAUAUGUGACACAGGGGGAUCUGUGGAGAAGA